UCAUGGCCUUGACGGUGUGCAAUAACGAAUAAACCGAACUGGGCAACUACUUCCGUACCACGCUUUGCGACAUCAUUUUUUUUUAAAUUAUAUUUUCUAACAAACCGUAUUUGUUGAAUAACAGACAUGGCUGGAAUUCCGCCGGACUCAUGGCAGCCCCCCACAGUAUCGCUGGACACAACGAUGGGCACUAUCGUUCUAGAACUGUACUGGAAUCAUGCGCCAAAAACCUGCAAGAAUUUCGCAGAACUGGGCAGAAGAGGAUAUUACAACAACAACAAGUUCCACCGCAUUAUCAAAGACUUCAUGGUUCAAGGAGGCGAUCCUACGGGGACAGGUCGUGGUGGUGCCUCUAUAUAUGGCAAGCAGUUUGAAGAUGAAUUGCAUCCAGAGUUGAAAUUUACAGGUGCUGGAAUUCUCGCAAUGGCCAAUGCAGGGCCAGAUACAAACGGAAGCCAGUUCUUCCUCUCGUUGGCUCCCACACAGUGGCUGGAUGGGAAACACACUAUAUUUGGACGGGUCUGCCAGGGCAUUGGGGUUCUUAAUCGUAUUGGCAUGGUUGAGACCAACAGUCAGGACCGCCCUAUGGAUGACAUUAAAAUUCUCAGAGUCAAUCUACCUAACUAAGACAUCUGCUUGCAUAAUGUUUCAUGCUUUAUUUUUGUACAGUCCUUUUAUUACAUUAAACCUUCAAAGUUUUCAUAAAA